AUGAGGUCUCUUAGAGAGUUGUAUUUGGAUGGAGUGAAUAUUUCAAGUCCAAGUAGUGAAUGGUGUGAAACCACAUCGCUGUCACUUCCCAAGCUGAGUGUUUUAAGCAUGUCCAACUGCGAUUUGAGUGGGCAUUUUCCAGCAGAAUUUUUCUUAUUGCCCAAAAUGCAAAGAAUUGAUAUUUCAGGAAACUCUCGUCUCAUGGGCCAACUGCCAGAAUUUCCAAUUAACAACUCUUUGGAGGUGUUGUCAUUGCGAUAUACUAAUUUCAGUGGUAAAUUGCCAGAAUCAAUCAGCAAUCUUAAAUUGUUGAGAGUUUUAAUUCUUUCUAAACUUGGCCUCAACUUUAACUCAAGUUCUGGAUCCAUUCCAGCAUCGGUUGCAAAUCUCAGUAACCUUAUGGAAUUGGAUCUAAGUCAUAACAAUUUCAAUGGUUCAAUCCCUCCAUUUCAUAGAUCUGGAGUUCCAAAUCUUGCAUCUCUUGAUUUGUCAUGGAACCACCUUUCUGGAUCAAUACCUUCUUCCUUAUUUACUUUUUCAACAUUGCAAACCCUCUCCCUUGGAUACAACAACUUUAGUGAUUACCAAUUAAAGCUUGACAGUAGUAGCAUACCAGAUUUUGGAGGAGCAACCCUACUGUCCACUCUUCAACUCAAUGACAAUAAAUUGGAAGGGAAGUUGCCGAGGUCAUUAGCCAAUUGCACAUCUCUCAAAAUUUUAAACCUUGGAAACAAUACUCUGCACGACACAUUUCCUUUGUGGUUGGGAAAGUUGCCUCGUUUGAUGGUUCUUAUACUACGAGCAAACAGGUUUUAUGGUCCAAUUAAACAUUUGGAAAAUAAUUUUCCAGCACUGGAUGUACUAGACAUUACUUCCAAUAAAUUUUUUGGUAAACUAUCGAUUGAAUUCUUCCAAGCCAUACAUAAGCUAAGGUCACUCAAAAUCAACGGGAACAACUUGGAAGGGAAGUUGCCAAAGUCUUUAGCCAAUUGCAGAAACCUUGAAGUUUUGGAUCUUGGGAAAAAUAUGAUACAUGACACAUUUCCUUACUGGUUAGUGAAAUUGCCUCUCUUGAAGGUUCUUAUACUAAGAUCCAACAGAUUUUAUGGUUCCAUUAAAUUUUCCGGAGAUGGAAAUGCUUUCCCAAUGUUACAUAUACUGGAUCUUGCUUCCAAUAACUUUUCAGCAUUAGGAAGCUUAACCGAGCUCGAGUCAUUGGAUCUCUCCCAAAAUAGUCUCUCGAGAAAGAUUCCUCUACAGCUUACAAGCCUAACUUUUCUUGGAGUGCUGAAUCUCUCUUACAACCAACUUGAUGGAAGCAUUUCACAGCGCUACCAAUUCGGUACAUUUUUAAAUGAUUCCUACAUAGGAAACACAAGAUUGUGUGGGGUUCCUUUGACAAAGAAAUGCAAUGAAGUUGGUUCGCAAAUGCUGCCGCAAAAGGAGGGUGAAGAUUCGUGGAUAGAUGGUUUAUCUAUUUGGAAAGUCGUGUUGAUGGGAUAUGGAUGUGGAUUGGUGAUUGUAUUUUCUAUUGGAUAUACAGUGCUGAAUGAGUUUGGAAACAAAUGGAUUGCUAGUUUUAUUCGGAAAUGGAAAAGAUCUAGGUGA